GUUUGAUUGGGAUGGAGAUGAAAACUUUGAUUUCUCCGAUUUCGAGGAUGAUGUUGACGAGGAUGAGGAUGAGCUAGAUGGAGAGCAAGACGAUGGAGAAAAUGGUAUGGCGCAUCAAGGUGACUAGAGAUAAUUUGAGGUUAUCAUUAUUUUAAGUGUUUUUCAAGAGUUUCUUCUAGAUGACCCAACUCUAAUAAAAAUGACGAAGCCAGUGAAGGCGUUCUCGGUCAAGGUGACUUUGCCUACCCAGAGUUACCUGGCGUUGAGCUAUUAGCGACUGUUUCGCCCAAGAAAAAAAGAAAAACCCCGCCCGCUGCAACUACCUUCGUGGCCCCUAGAGCGUUGAGUCUCAAAGAUGGUGCAGCAGAUGUUGUAGGAAGCGCAACAGCCUUUCUCAACGAUGACGAAGGAAAAUGGGAGAACGAAGACCACCCAGAAGGACGAAGCGGCUUUACACUAGCAAUUUAUGGGAGAUUCCCAUUCACGGAUAAACUCUUCGAACCAAGUAAAAACGCGUUUCACAUCCGCGGAUCAGGUUACCAAGGGCCGUGUGUGCCUGCGCGGGAGGUCACGCUCGUAGCGAAAACGGAUAAAGACGGAAAUGCGUUUGUAGAAAUGGAGCUUUCAUCGACAGGUGAGAGCGGCGCGGUGGAAGUAGUGCAGAUGGAGGAGGACUGGCCGUUCUGUUAUGGGAAGUGAAAAUAUGUCUUGUCUGCUAAAUCACACACGCAACAUAGGUUGUAGCAUAAUUAUAGUGUUUUUAUGAAGCGAAAAAUGGCACAAAGGCGAAUUGGUUUCUUCUUUGACGAUUGAUCUAUGACUCUGUCUUAUCUAAUAAAGAAAUACAUCUUCGACGACUGGCUUUGGGUGACUAUCACCUACAGUGAAGAACCUGACGAGGCCGAAACAGGGGAUGGGGACGGCGGAGAAGUGGCGAAUCGGCACUUGAUGAAACUUUACGUCGAAGGCUCACUCAUCAUGGAAUUGCACAAACGAGUCAGAGAAGAUCUUCGAGCAUUCUCUGACGCGCCUCCAGAUGUGGUGACGUUAGGUGC